AUGGUUGUGAGCAUUUCACGGGUUUACGCCGAUGUGAAUGAGCACAAACCUAAGUCAUAUUGGGAUUACGAGAAUCUCUCUAUAUCUUGGGGAACACAGAAAAGUUAUGAGGUUACAAGGAAAGUGGGUAGAGGAAAAUAUUCAGAGGUUUUUGAGGGUUGUGAAAUGGGUACAGGAAAUAAGAUAAUAAUUAAGGCACUUAAGCCAAUAAAGAAGAAGAAGAUCAAGAAGGAGAUAAAAAUUUUACAGGAUUUGGCAGGGGGACCACAGAUAGUGGAACUUUUAGAUGUUGUGAGGGAUCCAAUAUCGAAAACACCGGCACUGAUAUUUGAAUACGUUAAUAAUAUGGAUUUUAAGGUUCUCUAUCCACAACUCACAGAUAUGGAAGUUCGUUUCUACAUGUAUAAAUUACUGGAGGCAAUAAAUUAUGCACAUUCAAUGGGUAUAAUGCAUAGAGAUAUUAAGCCUCACAAUGUUAUGAUUGAUCGUGCGCAUAAGAAGUUGAGACUUAUUGACUGGGGAUUGGCUGAGUUUUACCAUCCAGGAAUGGAUUACAACGUUAGAGUAGCAUCUAGAUACUUUAAAGGUCCAGAACUACUGGUCGAUUAUCGAUUUUAUGAUUACUCUUUAGAUAUAUGGUCAUUCGGUGCAACAUUUGCUUCAAUAAUUUUUAAAAAAGAACCUUUUUUUUAUGGGAAAUCCAAUACCGACCAACUUGUUCAGAUCGCUCGUGUUCUCGGAACUGACGAUCUAUACAAAUAUUUAGACAAAUACGGCUUGAAGCUGGGACAACAAUAUGCUGAUCUUGGCCAUUAUAUUCGUAGGCCAUGGAAACGUUUUGUUAAUGAUGGUAACAAAAAUUUAGUAAGUGAUGAGGCCAUUGAUUUGAUAGACAAAAUUCUUCGUUACGACCAUCAAACAAGACUUACCGCCAAAGAAUGCAUGAUGCAUGCAUACUUUGAUCCGAUUCGAUCAGUUCUCAAAUUGUCAAAGUAG